ACCGUCCCUACACAUCUCAAUAUAUAUCGUCAAGACCUCGCAACCCAAAGCGUCCAAACAUACCUUGGAGAAGACAGCACCUUUCGCCACUGCAACCUCCGGCGCCGUCGAAUGGCAUCGGAGCUCGGAUACGAGCCGCCGCUCCAGCCGGUGAUCGACCCUUCCCGCGCGAGGACCCCCGAGCACCACCUCGUCCCCGUCGCCAAGACGUUCAAGUCGUCCAUCCUGACCCGGCUCCACGCCGGCUACUUCCGCAUCAGCCUCUCCCUCGCAUGCCAGGCCUUGCUGUGGAAGAUCCUCCGCCGCCCGUCGCCGACGCCCGACGACUCGCUGCCCCUCGAGCAUCUCUCCCAUGUGAUCCCUCACAUGACGUUCGUGAUCUUCUGGCGCUUCGCUCUGCUGGUCCAGAUCUCCCUCUCGUUCCUCUAUAUUCUCCGGUGUUUCUUUCACUUUGGCCUGGUGAGGGCGGAGUUCCAGCACCACGUCGGAGUGAACUACCUGUUCGCGCCGUGGAUAGCGUGGCUCGUGCUGCUCCAGGCGGCCGACUUCACGUCGGACCUGCCGAAGACGACGUUGUACCUGGUCCUCUGGUGGGCCUUCGCGGUCCCCGUGAUCCUGCUCGACCUAAAGGUCUACGGGCAGUGGUUCACGACCGAGAGGCGGUUCCUCUCGAUGGUGGCCAACCCGACGAGCCAGCUCUCGGUGGUGGGGAAUCUGGUGGGCGCGCGGGCCGCGGCCGAGAUGGGGUGGCGCGAGACCGCGGUCUGCAUGUUCUCGCUGGGGAUGGCGCAUUGCCUGGUGCUGUUCGUCACCUUGUACCAGCGGUUGUCCGGCGGGGACAAGCUGCCGGCGAUGCUGAGGCCGGUCUUCUUCCUGUUCUUUGCCGCGCCGAGCAAGGCGAGCGUCGCCUGGAAGUCCAUCGCCGGAGAGUUCGACAUCGGGUCGAAGAUGCUCUUCUUCCUCUCCCUCUUUCUGUUCACCUCUCUGGCAUGCAGACCGGCGCUCUUCAAGAAGUCGAUGAGGAAAUUCAACGUCGCGUGGUGGGCGUACUCGUUCCCGCUGACCUUCCUCGCCUUGGCGUCGUCGGAGUAUGCGCAGGAGGUCAAGGGUCCGAUUGCCUCGGGGCUCAUGAUCGUGCUGUCGGCGCUCUCGUUCCUGGUCCUCCUCGGCCUGAUCCUGCUCACCAUGCUCAACACUGAGCGGCUCUUCCGCAUGGACGACCCGAUCCUGCGUUUUGACAAGGGGAAGAGAGCGAGGAACUAGUCGCAGAUGGUUUUUCCAGUCUGUAACUUAUGACUAAGGGGUGGUUAAAGAAGAGUACACAUGUACGUCGCGACGGGUUUGUAUCUUUAGGUCAUUCACAGAGCAACCGCUGUGCUUAGUGCACAUGCUCUUCAUACCCAGGGAUAUUUUAUUAGUGUACUUGUGUGAUUUUGAUGGAUCAAUGUCAAUUGAUCUAAAAGCUUAAACUUU